AUGGAGACUGCAAUUCGCUUCUCCCCUAACUCAACCCCCUCACAUCAAACAUUUCUUUUCGCCGACGUUAGAGGACGCGGGUUCAACAGAUGCCGUAUCACGCAUUAUUCCGCCACCAGCAAGCCUCAGCUCAAGUAUGAUCAAGGUCCAGCCUUUCGAAACAAAGUUCCCGCCUUCCGCGCCCUUGACUGGGCGAGUUUUGAUGAGGCGUUAGUCGCUGUGGGCACGCCUCACGGGGAGACUUGCGUGCUGAGGAUUGGCGAUCGUCAUGUAGACAGCAGCGGUGCCGGUCAACUGGGGAUUAGCAACGGCGGCAGAGGUGCCGAGGAGGAGAUAGUGCUAUCAUUCACCCCAAAGUGCCAGCGUCCCUGUAACGCUGUUGCCUUUAGCACUCAAGGUUUGUUGGCGAGUGGACUAGAAAGGCAAAAGAAUGAUUCGUGUCUGAACGUUUGGGAUGUAAAUGCCGUAGCGCCUACUGCGCUGUCGAGUCAAGAAGGUGGGGUAGAGACCCUGUCCAUUUCUUCCUCCUUUGGCGGAGCAAAAUCUUAUGUGGAGCCUCUGAGGAAGCUUGCGAGCUCCGAGGCGGUCAGUAGUAUCAAGUUUUUCUCUACACAACCGAGUUGCCUUAUCAUGGGCGUGAAAGGAAGUGGUGUCAGGAUCUAUGAUCUGAGAGAGAAGGACUCUAGUCCUGUUGCACAGUUUCACACAGACUGCGUCCACAACAUCGCGCUUGAUUCAUUAAGAGAAGUGAAUUUUGCAUGUGCGGCACCCCUAAAAGACACAAGGGUGCAGAUCUGGGAUACGAGGGUCACUAGCCGUAGACAACCAGGCCUGGGGUUAGCAGGUGAGGGAAAUGACGGCAGUGGCAAGCAGCAGGGCCCGGUCAUUGUAUAUGAAGAUACCUUCAACCUCGGGAGGAAAGAAGGUGAGAAGGCAGGUAUAUGGAGUCUACGGUUUUGCAAAGAUACAGGCCUUCUUGGCGCCCUCUGGAGCAACGGAAAUUUCAAGAUUUUUGAAUUGAAGACACACUUCGCUGUCAAAGAAGACGAAAAAGGGGCUUCAGAUGCCCGUUUUGAAGCCUUUGGGGACGGAACAAAAGACAUUCUUUCAAAUUUAUUUACAAAAAAAGUCCAUCGAGUUGAACGAGCGUUUCAUGAUCAAGCGCACUAUCGUACGGAGCAAGAACGUAUCGUAUCUUUCGAUUUCACAAAUCUUGCUGGUUCUCGCGGCACACCUACAGCUAUGUUCCUUCGUGGCGAUCGGAGUGUUGAGAUUUAUGAGGUCAAGGGGCCAUCUGCUGCCUUGACCGUAUCGAGCUGCGGGGAAGCAGCCAUCAGCAGAAAGCCUUUAAGUCAGAUAGUAUCUGUGUCCGACGCGAGCGCUGAGACCAUCUCCUUAAAACAACGUAUCCACACGUGCUUUGCAAGUCAAAAUGUCCAUUCUGAAGAAGAAAAAAAUGUGCCUGUUACAGCAAACAUUGCUGAAGCUAGAAGACUUUGCGAGAAAGGCUACUCCUUGAAUAUUGCAAGAAAUAUCAACCUGAUGCAGGGAAAUGCAGAGCUUCGGAGCAUGUGGACCUGGAUCCAAAGUAGGCAACGAAGCUCGUGA